UUCGCGUCAUGUUUGAGCACGUGUGGGUUUGAGAGUUGGAAAUUCGCAAGGAGUUUUUGAAGGUUAUAGUUUAGCAAUGAAUAUAUUUCGAAUUCUUGGGGAUUUAUGCCAUCUCUCGGCUAUCGUGAUUCUGUUAUUGAAUAUAUGGAAGAGACAGUCAUGUGCAGGUAUAUCAGGAAAGUCGCAAAUACUGUUUGCAGUAGUUUAUACAGCACGCUACCUGGAUCUCUUCACAUCAUUUGUCUCAGAAUACAAUACAGUUAUGAAAGUCAUAUUCAUUGGUGUGUCAUAUGCUACCGUUUCUUCGAUUUACUUCAAAUUCAAGACAACGUACGAUCAGAAUCAUGACACAUUUUGGAUUGAGUGUCUGAUUUUUCCAGCCUUCGCUCUGUCUCUUCUCAUCAGUCAUGAUUUCACAAUUUUGGAGGUGUUAUGGACAUUCAGUAUCUGCCUUGAAUCAGUGGCUAUUCUGCCUCAACUUUUUCUAGUGUCAACGACUGGCAAGGCAGACAGAAUCAUGUUGUAUUAUCUCUUUAUGCUUGGCUCGUAUCGUGCCCUGUAUCUUCUCAACUGGAUCUACCGCUAUUAUUUUGAAAAUCAUUAUGACAUCAUUGCCGUUGUAGCUGGAGUUGUGCAGACUGCUAUUUACUGUGGUUUCUUUUGUCUUUAUAUUACUAAAGGUAGCACGAAUAUUCUGCCAGCGGCUGGAAGCACCGACAAUCAUCCCACAGCUCCAUAUCCUAUCAAGAGCUGGCAGGGCAAAGAAGGUUAUAUCACAGUACAUAUAUGACCUCACUGCUUGUUACACACUCAGCAUCUUGAACAGAGCCAAUUGAUACUCAGACAAUGACUUCCAUGACUUAGUAUUCAUUGUACUUGCACUAUUUGAGAUUCUCAUCUACUGUGACUGCUUCUUUGAUCUUUUAAUUUCACAGCUGGUUGCAAUGAAAGGACCAGUAGUUAGACCCACCCUUGUGUACUAGUUUAUGGCUAAUUCAAAGGAAACAAAAAAUAUGUGCCUUGAACCAUUAAUUUUAACUAUCCUGUGCUUCUGCUGGGGUAUGAUGCUGUACAAGGAGGUCCACAGAAGAUGAGCCCAGUGUCAAAGAUAAGAAAAUAUGAGGCUGGUCCAGUCAGCAGUAACUGACCUGAUUCUUAUUUCGGAGGUAACCGGAUGUAACUGUACAGAAACCAUACUGAGACCAUGGCCGUAAGUUACAUGAACCAGCUCACUGCUCAUCUCUCUUGAGCUUUUCACUUCCCCCUGCAGCCUCCUACUCUAUAUUUCUCUCCAGUUUUAUGGUCAUUCUAUUUCCGUGAGUGCUUGUAGGUGAUAAGCAUGUGAUAAACUCACUAGUGACUAGUACUUUGGGCUGGUGGGCUUACCAUAGGAUGCAGGCAUAAUGGGAGAAGUCUUGAGUACUGUCAUCCCCUCUGUCCAUGGGACUUCUCUUCAUUGCAUCACUGUGCUACCGUCUGAGAUUUCUAUGUGAUUUUUCUCAGUCCAUCCAGACGUAUGUCAGCGUAGUACUUAUAAAUGGCAUAGUCACCUACUUAAAGAAUUUUAGCCAGGGAAUUACCUGUCUUCAAGAUUUCACUUAAUUUUCACCUAUUUAAUUUUAUAACUUGUACAGUUGGUAAACUGUUUUUAAAUAACAUACAAAUCAAACCCUAAUAGGGGGUAUGUGGUAGCAUAGUUGGUUGAGGCAUUAUGCUACAAGCUGGAAGGUUGCGAGUUUGAGUCUUAUGAGGUGGAUAUUUUCAGUUUACCUAAUCUGUCCAGCCACACUGUAGCCUUGAGGUCAACUUAGU